CAGCACGCACGCACCACUGGGAGAUCAGAACUCAGAGCUGGCUCUCGGCUGCCACCACUCCACUGAAGGGUGGGGAGGAAGAGAGCUGCCCCAGAGCUCCAGGACGGGCAGGUGUGCACAGGUGGAUCAUGAGGUCAUCCCUCUGCUGGCUUCUCCCACUGCUCCUCAUCUUGGCCUCAGUGGUCCAAGGUCAGCUAACGAGACAAAAACCCGGGAGCAGGCGCAAGCCCAGGCCCAGGCCCACACCCAGCUUUCCUCAGCCCGAUGAGCCAGCAGAGCCUACAGACCUGCCUCCCCCACUGCCUCCUGGGCCUCCGUCUGUCUUCCCUGACUGUCCUCGGGAAUGCUACUGUCCCCCUGACUUCCCAUCGGCCCUUUACUGCGAUAGCCGUAACCUGCGCAAGGUCCCCGUCAUCCCACCCCGCAUCCAUUACCUCUAUCUCCAGAACAACUUCAUCUCUGAGCUCCCCGUGGAGUCCUUCAGGAACGCCACAGGCCUGAGGUGGAUCAACCUGGACAACAACCGAAUCCGCAAGGUGGACCAGAGGGUGCUGGAGAAGCUCCCUGGCCUGGUGUUCCUCUACAUGGAGAAGAACCAGCUGGAAGAGGUGCCCUCGGCCCUGCCCCGGAACCUGGAGCAGCUGAGGCUGAGUCAGAACCACAUCUCCAGGAUCCCACCCGGUGUCUUCAGCAAGCUGGAAAACCUGCUGCUCCUGGAUCUACAGCACAACAAGCUGAGUGAUGGCGUCUUCAAGUCAGACACCUUCCAGGGCCUCAAGAACCUCAUGCAGCUCAACCUGGCCCACAACAUCCUGAGAAAGAUGCCACCCAAGGUCCCCUCGGCCAUUCACCAGCUCUAUCUGGACAGCAACAAGAUCGAGACCAUCCCUAAUGGAUACUUCAAGGGCUUCCCCAACCUUGCUUUCAUCCGGAUGAACUACAACAAGCUGUCAGACAGGGGUCUCCCCAAAAACUCCUUCAACAUCUCCAACCUGCUGGUGCUUCACCUGUCCCACAACAAGAUCAGCAAUGUGCCUGCCAUCAACAACAAGCUAGAGCACCUGUACCUCAACAACAACAGCAUCGAGAAAAUCAACGGGACACAGAUUUGCCCCAACAACCUUGUGGCCUUCCAUGACUUCUCCUCGGAUCUGGAGAACGUGCCCCACCUGCGCUACCUGCGGCUGGAUGGGAACUACCUGAAGCCCCCCAUCCCGCUGGACCUCAUGAUGUGUUUCCGCCUCCUGCAAUCCGUGGUCAUCUAGGCCUUGCCGUGGGCUGGACCUCCUCUGACCACGCUUGAAGGCUGGUGGCCCAGGCACAGUGCCCACCAUUUUCCUCUGCCUCCUCCUCUUGCCCUCAGCUUUGCUUCUUUUCUCUCCUAUUUCUGAGGAUUGGAAAUGUCAUGUGCUCUGCUGCAGUUCUGAGGCAAGACUUCUCAAGGCUUCAUUUGGCUCCACCCAUUUCAAAAAAUCCUCCCCGAACCCUGCACACCCAAACCACUGGUCUUUUGUGGUCUCCUUUCACUCCAGAAACCAGA